AUGCCACAUCAAUCUCAACUGGAUCGAUCGAGCGACCGUCCUGAAACAUCUCCACAACAAUUACAACAAAUCCCCGAAGCUGUAAAUGAAAAUAAUGAAAUUGGUUUAACAAAAUCUAUCGAUGAUGAUGUUGUUGCCGAUAUGGAAAAUUCCAAUGACAGUGUUGCCUUGGAAUUGGCCAGAUUAUUUAGCGAGGAAAAAACCGAAUUGGAUGAAAUAUUUGGCAUUGAUCCGAAUCAAGAACCCGAUGAUCCACAAAUAUGUAAAAUAUUAAAAGAAAUUGAGCUGGCUCAGGUGGGUGGAAAACAACAACAAACUCCUAACUUUGAUAAAGCAAACAAUCACAGUCCAAAAUUUGGGGGUGGUAGUAAAAUUUGUGAAAAGGAUCUUAGCAAUAGUCUUUGGCCAUGUGAAUUAUUUAUGCAAAAACGUAAACUAAGCGAAUCUUUGGCCCGUUUGCUGGAAGAAGAUUUGCGCUGGCACGAAAUUAUGAAAUGGAAAUUUACGGAAUUAUUUGGCGAUGAUAGUGAUGAUGAAUUUACACCCUGCAGUCCUAGUAUUGAGCUGGAUGAUAUACUAAUGGGCAGCUGUGUUAAACGUAUAUCACCCUGGGUGGUGAAACAUUUGAUGAUACCAAUGCGACAUGGCCUAAUCGGUAAUCGUUUUGUUUUCAAGAAGCUAGCCAGACAUAUAGCACGUUCUAUAAUCAUGGAAAAUCAAUAUCCAGAUGAAUCCAUUAUCAAAGGAUGCAUUGAGAAUUAUUUUUGCCUGCAUCAGGCCGUUAUGACAUUGGAUGAUUUACAAGAUGUACCAAGUAUAUCGUUAAUAUAG